AUGGGUAAAAAUAAGAAGAAAAAUAAUAAUAAUAAUAAUAACAAUAAUAACAAGAAACAUGCUAAUCCCUCACCUAAACAAGACCCUAUAGAUGACAGUAAAGAACAGGAACAGGUAAAUAAACAAGAACAACCUCCCAAGAUCGAAUCUACCCAAGAACCGAAGGAGCCUGUAGAGGAAAGCGGAGCUGACGAUGUUGAGAAAGACGAUAAAGAAGAACCAAAGGAUACUUCUGUAAUGGGCAAAGAAGAACAAGAAGAUACUAAAACAAGAGAAAAUAAUGAUAUACGUAACUCAUUUGACUCAAGUGAGAAGGAUGAACAGAUAGAAAAACUUCAAACGGAAAUGGCAGAUUUAAAAAAAGAGUUGAAGGAUACUCAAGAAAAACUUGCAAAGUCAUCAUCAACGUCAUCAUCACCAUCAGUUGAUGAAAUGGAAAAAUCUGAAGAAAAUGACAAAAAUGAAGAACUGGAGAAACUUAAAGAGGAACGUGACCACUUUGAAUCGCAAUAUAAUUCACUAUUAAAUAGAAUCUCAUCCAUGAAGAAUGUUUUUAAUAAGAUGAAAGAAUCACAACGAGACUUGGAAAUUGUUCAAGAUCAAGUAGCUGAGUAUGAAUCUCAAAACUUAAAAUUAAAGAACAAAGUAGAGUUAAUCACAAAGGAAAAAACAGAAUUAGCUACUACUAUGGUAACUCUCAAUAAAGAAUUAUCAUCUUUAGAAGAUAAAUACGAGGCGUUAGAGAAUAAAUCUAUGAAAUAUGAAAAGCAACUAAAGGAUUUCAAACGCCAAGAGAAAGAAAAUUCUAAUACUUAUACACAUCAAUUAGAAGGUUACCGGAAGGAGAAGGAACUGUUAGAUACCCAAUUACAAGAACUCCUGAUCAUUCUAGAUAAUAAUAAGCAAGACAUUGUGAACUUAAAAGAUGAAAAGGAAGAAAUGAAGCAAGCUCUUCAUGCCAGUGAGAAUGAAAAAACUGCAUUUGAAGAAUCGUUGCAACAAUUGUCGUCAAAACUUGAGGAGCAAGAAAACGAUUAUGCACAAUCCUUACGAGAAAAGGCACAGGAAAUUAAAGCAUUGUCAGUCCAACUGGAAAGCUCAGCUGAUAAAAAUAAGGCAUUACAAACUGAACUUCAAUCCUUAAAGGAUGAUAUUCAGAGCUUGAAAGAAAAUUCCUCUUUGAAAGACAAAUUGGAGCAAGAAACAAAAGAGCAAGCAUUACAAAUUGGUAAGUUACGACAUGAAUCAAUUGUUCUAAAUGAGCAUUUAACAAAGGCUAUGGCAAUGUUAAAGAGAUCAAGUGACUCAGAAUCCGUCGAUAAAGAAUUGAUUUCCAAUUUGCUGAUUUCUUUUGUUUCAAUUCCACGAGCUGAUCCUAAGAAAUUUGAAGUUCUCGAGUUACUAUCGAGCUUCUUGAAUUGGGAUGAUGACAAAAAACAACAAGCUGGGUUAUUACUUGAUCCUAAGGAAAGGAGAUCAUCUACUGGGCCUGUAUCAAAGACUCAAAGUUUUGUUUCCAUGUGGACUGAUUAUUUAGAAAAAGAAAGUGAAAGAUAA